GCUUUCAUUAUCUUAUGAUAUGGUACCGAGUAGCCCCGGGUUCGAUUCCCGGAUUCGGAAAAUAUGUCUUUGGAUUUCUUUUUGUGUUUGGUUUAUUUUUUUGCUGGUCGUGUUUUCUGGAGGGGUGGAAAAGGGAGGAAGGAGUGAGGAGGAGUUUGGGGUGGUGCUGUUUUGGAGGUGAAAGACAGAGAGGGUUGGUUGGUUUUGCUGGAGCGGGGUAUGAUGUGGGGUGGAUUUGCUUGUGUAUGAGUAAUUUCUGGUGAAAGAGUGUAUGUAUGUAUGUAUGUAUCUAUGCGGGGACUGGGAAGAUGGAGAGAACGAGAGACCGAAAGAAGAAAAAGAAUAAAGAUAAAAAGAUAUGCUGUAUAACAAUAAUAUCGAGGCUCUUUCUCCAGAGGGAGGGAGCGUAGAUUGAGCGGUAGCCAAUUGGACAGUUUCAUUUGCACCAAAUCAAGCAGCCCCCUUUAAGACCGCGAUUCUGUUUUUGUUUUCUUUUUAAAAAUGUCCAAAUAAAUGUUGAGACUAUUUCUAUAUUUUGAUUUUUCUCAAGUGCGAGUUCGAAAUAUAAUCAGAUACUCUUUAUUUCCUAGUAGGGCUCAGCGUCCUCUGGGGCAAUCCAAUAUUACCUGCGUAAUCAAUCAAUCAAUCAAUCAAUCCAAAGCCAAUCACCUUCCUUCCCUCUUCACUCCGAAAUGAAUUAACCAAUCUCUCAGCGAUUGCAGCCAUCAUGUCCAACCCGUUAUCCAAAUCAAAUCUCGUGCUUCUUGUCCCUGAACUUCUCACUGCUAUCGUCUCUUACCUACCUAAUCCCGAUCUCAAGAGCCUUCGUCUGACAUACAAAGCUCUGGGCGAGGAAGUUCUUCUUCGUUUUGACAGGGUCUUCUUGUCUGCUAAUCCGCAAAAUAUUGAAGUUGCACGAGCAAUUGCUGAUAACGAAAAGUUUCGCAAAGGAGUUCAAGAGAUCAUAUGGGAUGAUGCUCUACUUGUCCACGAACUAGCGAGGCCAAAUGAAGCAAUUCGUAUGCUAGAAGAACCUCCUCGGCCGGAAGACGACCCUCCCACCUGGUUUGUACGAGCUUGCAAAAACAACAUUGAGAAUUUGAAAAAUCUCAAAAGAGACAAAAAAAGGCCAAAGACACGAGAGUUUUUGCCAUUUUCCGAAUCAUGGAAUUACUAUGAGACGCUGUUAGAGCAGCAGGAAGAAGUCCUGGAGUCUGGGGCAGAUAUUGAUGCAUUGAAGUAUGUCUUGGAGCGCUUUCAGUCACUACAAAAAAUUACCAUUACACCCGCCGCUCAUGGUAGUUUGGAUCGACCACUUUACGAAACGCCUAUGAUAAAAUCUUUUCCAAAAGGUUUCAACUAUCCAAUACCACGUGGUUGGCCAUCUUCUGGGCCACUAGAAAUAUAUAUAUUACCUCCAUGGAAUGAUAAAACUGCUAAGAAACAAUGGCGAGGGUUUUGUAUUAUCACCAACGUACUUGCUGGACGGAAUGACCACCACAUCUUAGAGCUAAUCAUCGAUGUCAGAGAACUCGAAACAGGACUGAGUUGUCGUAUCUUUGAUGAGCCAUGUGAAGAGUAUAACAAUCUUGUUCAUCUAAUUCAACAGCCAGGCUUCCGUCGUAUAGAUCUUGCCCUGCUUGCUGAUGGGCAGUAUUAUGACGACUGGUCCAGUUUUCGUAGUGGUCACUUGAAAAGAAUGUUCGAGGCAGCGCCUGAUUUAGAGCAUGUCAGUCUCCGAAUAGCGGCCGAUUACGGUCAGAUCUAUCCUGAUUUUGAGCAAAACCGCAUUCCACUUCAGACCAUCUUCCCGGUUGAUCGAUGGCGGAAGCUCCAAUAUUUUGGUCUUUCAAAUUCCAUCGUAGACGGACCUGAUCUGCUUUCCCUGCUCGGUGCGCUUCCGACAACACUACGAUUCGUCGAAUUAAGUUUUUUAGAAUUCGUUGGUGAUCGUGGAAACUACCGCGAUAUCCUCCAUGAUAUACGCGAUACUCUUGAUUGGCGUGGCCGAGCUGCUGACGAAAGACCCAAGCUCAUAAUCCAUGUCCACGGAUCAAGUAUGCGACACACUCCAAUGCGGUACCAAUGUGUGGACGACCAAGCAAACGGAUUCAUCUAUGGCGACAAAGAAAAUCCAUUCGGGGCCAGAUUAAACGGCAAUGCACUGAUACAGAAGAUGGGCAUUGAGCGAUUUCACUUCGGGUGCUGUUACUCGGGAUGAAGGUUUUGGUAUGUGAAACAACAGCUACACGAAGACCGACAGGAACCGGGAUCAUCAUAACCAAAUGAUAAUCUGAGUACAGAAAUAUUACGGAAUGGUACAUACUUAAUAGAAGAUUUUAAUACUGCA